AUGUCUUCCGCUGCCCCCGCCGCCGCCGCCGCCGUCGCCGCGCCGGUCCUCGCUCCUAUGUCGCCGUUCCUCGCCUCUCGGCCCCUCGCGGCGGCCUAUGGAGCCCUGCCGCCGACCGGGUCCCCGAUUGGAUCGGACUCCUCGGCGGAUCCUUCUGCUUCGAUCGAGUUCGCUGCGCCGCCGCCUCAUGGUGUUGCCACACAGCCGCCCUACGGCGUCGUCAUGCAGCCGCCCUACGGCGUCGCCCCUACCUCGUAUGGUGCGUCGUCGGUUGCCCAGGGAUCACUGCAGCCGCCGCCGUCCUCGUGGCCAGUGGCGUCCUACGCGGCGCCGCCUCAUCAUCAACCCCAUGCGGUCCCCUUGCAACAUCACUACGGGCUGCCGCCGGCGCAGACCUACUUGGCACUGCCACCGCAGCAGUCCUACCUGGCGCCGCCACAGCAACCCUGCGCGGCGUUGCCGCGCCAGUCCUACCCCGCGCCAUCCGGGUUCGCGGCCGCUCCGCUGCAACUGUCCUACGGGGCCGCGGCGAACUACGGUGCCGACGCCCUCGUCUCUGGUCCUCCCGGUAUCUACUCGGCGGGUGCGUCUCAUCCCGAGACAGCCCCGUCGAUGGGUCUCUACGCACCACCGAUGCAUGCGCACGCUGCUCAGGGCGCGGCGCCGUCACCGUUCUACUUCUCGCACCUGCUGCCGGUGAAGCUCGUGCCGGACAACUACCUGUCCUAG